AUGGUCGUAACGGAGAGCCCCUGCCAGGGGGCUUCGUCCGCGCCCACAGCUCGGCCCGGCUGGACGGUGCAGCAGGGCCCCACCCUGAAGGGCGGCCCUGGGGACCACUUGCGGGUGUACACAUCACGAGACAGCCAGACCGGGGCCCGCAUGGUGGCCAAGGUUUACUCCAAGAAGGACAUCAGGCACCAGCCAGAGCUGCGCAGGAUGGUGCGGACAGAGUAUGAGUUCCACAAGGCCGAUGCCCAGGAGGCGCCCGAGGCGAUUGUCCGCAUGGCGGCGCACCACCAGGACGAGGUUUUUUUUUGGAUGGGAUUCCCUGACGCCGGAAGGCCCAUAAUGGAGUUUGUCUCGCAGCCGCGCGACUGGUGGACCCUGUGGCUCAACACGCUGCUGGGGUUUGAGUUCAUUGACAGGGUGGUGCCCUCAAUGACCUGGCUCCACUCCAAGGGCAAGGUCUACCUCGACCUCAAGCCGGAGCAGCUGCUGGUGCAGCCCGACCACGAGGCGCGCCGCCUGGCGGUGCAUUGGGUGGACUUUGGGUCCCUCACGCCGCCGGGCCAGUGCCGCGCCUUCACCGACGCCUUCGUGCCCCCCGAGGCCCUGUCCAGCGGCACCGUCGAGGGGUUCCACGCCGCCGCGACCCCGGCGUGGGACGCCUGGGGCGUCGGGACCGUGCUCAUGGCGGUGAGCUGGGGCCGGCCGCUCGCUGGCUGGGGCUGCGUGACGCGACAGCGCGAGCGCGGGAACGUGGUCAUCACGGGCCUCUCGCCCUACAAGCCCCUCGAGUGGCAGCAGCAGGGCCCCCACGGCGGCGGCGGCGGCGACGGCGGCGGCGGCGGCGGCGGCGGCGGCGGCGGCGGCGGCGGCUGCGCUGUGGGCAGCUUCCGGGCCGCCUGCAUGGCGUCCCCGGCGUGGCGCAACCUGGGGGAAGAUUCCCGGCAGCUGCGCAAGCUGGCGGAGGACCUGACUCACCCGGACCCGGCCAAGCGGCCCUCUCUGAGCCAGGUGGAGGCCAGGCCCUACAUCCAGCGG